AUGCUGGCAUCACUUCCAUUUGAGGUUCUCACAAUGACUGCAACCUUUAUGGCUCAAAAAGAAAGACUCGUUUGCGCCACAGUCUGCAAAUCAUGGUCCAAAGCUUUUCAACAUUCUCUUUGGUACAGCAUAAACAUAAAAGAUGAACAAAAAGUGGACACUAUCCUUAAUCCACCGGCAACCCAAGAAAACGCUUACAAAAAGAAUGGAAACCGUGUUAGAGAUCUUACUGUAGAAAGAUCUGUCAAUUUGAAUAACGAGCAAAUAUCGAAACUACAAAGCUAUUUUCAGAAACUUCUUGCCUUCAGAAGUGGUUAUGGUGCCUUGGACUCAGAUAUUCUUAAUACGACCAACAAUUGGAGGAACUGGAAAUCUCUAGUAGAACUUGAUAUAACAACUUCAUGUAUGGAUGAAAAAGAGCCGGAAGAAAAAUUCUUUGAACUAUUGAUCCACUUGCCUCACCUAAAGCAACUCAAAUUCUGGGAACAAUGCUACAAGAAUACACAUUACUACACAUGGGAAACACUUGAAGAUAUUCACAAAAUAUUGCCAAAACUUGAAGUCCUGGUAUUGAAUAUCGUAUUCAUCGAAAUGCCGCUAGAUACCAUCAAAACAAUGACCGACAUUUCACCAAUAAUCCGUAUGAAAACCCUGGAUUUACCACAUCAUAAUAUGGAUAUCGGGUGGCUGUAUUAUAUUUCUUUAAGAUAUCCAAACAUCGAGGAAUUGUCAUCAAAAUAUCGUAGUUAUACAAAUAUGAUUGACCAAGAUCUACCAGACGAUGAGACGGUGAUGUUGUUAAAUAACCACACCAACGGAUUUUUGCACCUGAAGAAAGCCAAUAUUUCCUAUUCUGUGGCUAUGAUGGGUUGCCUGGAGUUACUUUGUGCGAUGUAUAAGAAUCUGUUUAAAUCGAUUACCACCUUGCAAUACAGCCUGCAUUUAGAGUCUGGAGAUAUUUUGGAUUUCCCCGCGACUAUUGUAACCGAACACUUGAAUUCAUUUCCAGCCUCACUCGAAGACCUAAACAUCGAAAUCACAUCUGACUUUAUUGAGGCUUACAGACUGCCAGAUUUUCAAAACUUUCCUCACGUAAAGAAUCUAAGUAUCAAUAUCCUCAAUUCCGUGACCAGCAUUGACAAAAUACUGGAUAAUUUCCCAUCUUUGAAUGUCCUCCACAUCAAAGGAAACUACGUUACCCUAAGCUCAUCGGACACCAGCACCGAAAAAUUACAUCCACUAAGAUCUCUCAGCCUCGCCGAUAUAAAAGCAGAUUCGUCUAUAUUCAAAUACAUAUCAUACCACUGCAGAAGCCUAAAUAAGAUGUGCUUAUAUGAAGUGAAAGUUGUUCAAAAAAGAAGUGAAUCAAGGCGCAGGAUAUACAUGGAUAUGUUGUAUACAAAUUUUCAUGUAUUGACGUUCAUUCGUGUCAAAUUUUUCCUUACUACCGAAACCGGGAGCUUUGAUGAAGAGAUUCCAACAAAUUUCUUCAUAUUGGGUCGAGUAGUCAACGCUCCGCAAUACUUUGAUCCGAAUUUCAAAAAUCUUCAUUCGAACUAUAAAAAACUUUUGGAGAUUCAUACAAACUACCCAUGGCUUGAAGGCGAGACGAUGUGGUCAUACUUGUGUUUUAAUAAAGAUAGUAAAUAUAACACACGAAAGCUAUGGACACUCGACUAUAAAGAGACUUUAACUAUCAAGAAAGCAUUUGAGAAGUAUUCGCCCACAGAUCCUAAGACUUCAAAAACUCAACGAAAACGACACCCUGGUGGAUUAGCGUUGCAACGAUACUGGAGAAGUGACCUUCCAAACGGUUAUGCUCGAAUAUUAUGUGGACAUGUACAAGGAUGCUAUUUUGAUUAUGUUUACCUUAAUUUCACGAGAAGAAAAGUAUAA